GGAUUAAGGCUCCAGUCUCUUCGGGGGCGUGGGUUCGAAUCCCACCGCUGCCAACAAACCUUUUCGUGAAACGUAAACGAAAUAAUAAAUGGUUGAACGUAAUUUCAUAUCGAAUAAAUUCAGUUGAUCUUUCUGCAGUUGAUCUUCAUACAUCAUAUUAUCUUGCCUCAACUGUGACUGUAAAACAUUAUAAAUGCACGGCUCUUCUGAAUAGUCUCUUAUUUUGAAAACAAUCCCGGUAACAGAGAUCGUGCGGUUGUGUCGUCCUUCACACUUCAGAGAAGCCGGUUGAAUGUAAUUUGGUUUUCUUUCCAUGUUUUUGUAAUAGCCUCAUAUGUGCCAGUUUGAGGCAUGUGCUUGUAAAUGAUCUUUUAAAUUAUUAGAGAAAACAAUAAUAAAAAAGUAGAGUUUAUUAUUAAAAAUGAACAGAUCAAUGAAGCCUGAUAAGGGUUGUUCUUUGACCCUUGCACUGACCGUGUGCUCUGCUGCUAUUGGGGGAACUUUUCAGUAUGGCUACAACUUGGCCAUCGUCAGUGCACCCACUGCAUAUAUCCAGAAGUUUAUUAAUGAGACAUACAUGGAGAGAUGGGGCACUCCUCUGGAAUCCAAUCAGGUGGUCCUUAUUUGGACUGUCAUAGUGUCUGCUUUUUCCCUUGGUGGACUGUUUGGGUCUCUGCUUGCUGGCCCAAUGGCUAUCCGCUUUGGACGCAGGCAAAGCUUGUUGCUGAAUAACUCUUUCCUUUUGGUUAGUACAAUCAUGGCCUUGGCCAGUCGCUCAGCCAGAUCCUUUGAGAUGAUCAUGAUUGCUCGUUUGCUUGUAGGAAUUAAUGCAGGUGUGAGCAUGAAUGUCCAGCCUAUGUAUUUUGGGGAGAGUGCACCUAAGGCCAUGAGGGGUGCUGUUGCUUUUUCUUCUGCUGUUUUCACAGCACUGGGAAUCCUGCUGGGGCAGGUAACAGGUUUGACUGAAAUUUUGGGGAGUGAGGCUCUUUGGCCAUAUCUUCUAGCCAGCAACGCUGUUCCUGGACUGCUCCAGUUGCUAACCCUACCCUGGUUCCCAGAGAGUCCUCGCUACCUGCUCAUCGAUAGAGGUGACAGAGAGGCCUGCAGUCGUGCUCUUACCCGCCUGAGGGGCUGCAAUGUGUCUGAUGCUGAGAUGGAGGAAAUCCUUGAUGAGCAGAAAGCAGUUGGUGAGACACGAGCAAAAUCACUGUGGGAACUAUUGUCUGAUUGUAGCUUCCGGCGUCAGCUGUACAUUGUCAUGGGAGCCAGCAGCUCUAUGAUGCUCUGCGGGAAUGAUUCUAUUUACUUCUAUGCCUCAUACAUAUUUCAAGAGGCAGGAAUACCCACGGAUAAGAUCCAAUAUGCUUCCAUUGGAACAGGUGCUUGUGAAUUCACUGCAGCUAUAAUGUGUAACAUGCUAAUUGAAAGACUGGGUCGCCGCUUGCUCCUUGUUGGUGGGUAUGUGCUCAUGGCUGGCUGGGCAGUGGUGUUCACUCUGUCUAUGUGUCUGCAGGGUAAAGUGACUGGCAUGCCCUACCUGAGCAUGGCAUGUGUCUUUGCUUACAUCCUGAGCUUUGGCAUGGGUCCUGCAGGAGUAACUGGGAUACUGCCCACUGAGCUCUUCAACCAGAUGGCUCGUCCUGCAGCUUACAUGAUUGCCGGCUCUAUGAUGUGGCUCAACCUCUUCCUGGUGGGAAUGGUCUUUCCUUUCAUAGUCAAGAGUAUGGGCCAGUUUUGUUUCAUUCCUUUCUGUGGUGUGUGUGUGCUCUCAGCCAUAUUCAUUGGUCUUGCCUUACCUGAGACAAAGGGGAAGACUAUAUCUGAAAUCUCAGCAGAGUUUGAAAAACACAACACAAAGGCUUUAUCUAAUUCAACACAAGACCAAUUAGGGCUAAAGGAAUCACAGCAAAUUAUCCAACUAAAUUCCUAUGAUUGACAAAGUUUGAACAAAGUGAUUAUACCAUGCAUAUUGCUGACUUUACAAUAUCAUAUGAAAUAAAGAAAGAAGUAUUUGCUGCAUCUAUUUUGUUUAAAGUUAAAUUCAGGUAUUUUGAGGAGACAAUGGAUUCCUUUAGCAGACACCAAAUUUAAUCUAUUUAAUAAUAAUUAAUUAAGUAAUGAUUUUUUUUUUCUUAUUUGGCAUCCUGUUUGUUCUUGGAAAUGUGUGUGUACCAAAAACAAACUAUGUCAACUGUCUCUGUAUGUAUACAUGUUGAUAUUGUAUACAUGUAUGACUUAUUUUUGACUGUGUAUGCUCUGAUAGAAAACAUUGUGCACGACUAUUCAUGAGCCUCAUCUCAUUUGAAAAUAUAAGUUAUUUUUGCUGCAUUGUACAGAGAUGAACUAUAUGAAAAUUUAUUUUAAACUGAGAUUCUCUUACAAUACUGACGUGCUGCUAUGUUGCUACUGUGUAUAUGGUGCUUCUUAGUAAUGCUAUGAAUAGACUCAUAAGUCCUCGUAUUUAAUUGUACUUGAAAUCAGUUUGUGUUAAACUACAACUGUUGAAAAUGUUAUGCCUGAUUGUGAUGUAUUUAAAAACAAAAUAUACUUCUAGUCUUUACUCAGAACCUUUAUCUAUUA